UUCCCUUCUACGUGACUUUACCGAAAGAACCAAGAAUAUGAAUCCCUGCAGUCACGAAAGCUUUAAAUCAAAAUUGAAUGGAUAUACUUUGGAAGGACGGGCUACCUCCGUGGCUGGGCUUUCAAAUGUAAUACCGGACACAGCUGGAGGCAGCAGCGGGAGAAGGUGACGACGAUGAUGAUGUUGAGAUUGUGAUGAGGUGUGGGAGGCGAGGGUUGUGGGGGGGCAUUGUUCCAGAGACAAUUAGGGACCCUCCUGGCACCGUGGGGGCUCGAAUAUCCCCCGUAGGGAGCACGAGAGGCGGACGUGAGCUUGCAUGCUAAAUGUGUGCCGUAGCAAUUGCUUUAGCAAGAGAUGAGAUGGGAGAAUUUACACUUUGUAGAAGGGGACCCAAAUUAUAGCGUUAAAAUACACACUUGGUGGUGAUGAGAGAGUUGAAUGAUAUUGCAAUUAUAUUUGUCUAUGUUUCGCCCUUGUGAUGGGACUUUGUAGGAUGAACGUUGAGAUUUAUAAGGGCGCGGGGUGACCAAUAAGGUCUGAAUUGGUCUGUAAUAAGGUAGGGCACUGAUAAGGGGUUGACCGGUAUGGAAAUUGUUCGUCAAAACAGAUACUUGUAUGCAAGUCUUGAUUUGUAUGCUAGUUAUGCUUUGCGUUGUCAACAGGAAGAGGUGAUGAAAGUAACCUCUAUAGAAAGCCGCAACAAUAGUUCUAGUACUGGAGUCGAAAAUAUUAUUAAGAGUACCUUGUUCAUCGCAAUAAUCUUCCUUUAAACCAAUACUGAUUGGCUUAAUGCAUGCGCCAGAUUAAGACGAUAGUAAACAUUAUAAUACCGUACAUUGUAAGUUACAGGAAAAGUAAUGAGUGAAGAGUCAGUAUCUUCAAAAAAAUGUGUGAAUAAUUAACUAAAGCAUUGUUACACUAUCCUUGAUUGGCAACUGUUAUCAUAAUUAUGAUUUCAUCUAAAGCUAAACUUUCAUCAUAAAUAAAUAGCAUUAAGUUAAUUACAUAAUCAUGUUUGUUGCGGUGGACACUUCAAAAUGCGAAUCAACAGCAAACAAAGCAAAGAUCCCCCGUGUAGCCUUAACAGACUGUUGGGGCAAGUGCUGUUAGCGAGCACCUAUGAAGUACAUCACGGCACUACGAGUGGGUGGCCAGCACCACGCCCGGCCGCCUUUGUCUCCCCAGUGGUCAUCAGCAGCAGUAUCGGUAUCAGCAUUAAUAACCACAGCAGCAUUACAUCAGCAGCAGUAAAAUACAAAAAAUAAGCAGCGGAAUAAUCAACAGAAACAACAAUCAUUUCAUCAGCGCAUCAUCAUCCCAUAGUCAUCGGCAUGAGCAGUAGAACAAUACAAAUCUCGCCAGAAUCGUAUAUAUCAUGUUCAUCAUCACUGGAAUAACAUGACUGACGUGUGAAUUAUGAAUCCAUCUUCAACAAUCAUCAGUAGAAUAUUUAAAGUAGUAUCCAUCACGUAACAUGAUCACCAUAUCGUAAUCAUCAACAGCAGUAGCAUAGUUCAUUAUUAUCAUCACCAACAUCAUCAGCAACAUCAUCACCAACAUCCGUGGAUGAAGGGGGUCGGGCCGGGCUGGCGGGGCCGGGUCCCCGAGGGGCCAGGGCGCGCCGAUCCCGGCCGGGCAGACGGCAGCCGCCUCCUGCUCGCUCCCUCCUCAUUCCCCUUUCAAUCAACAACCUCCUCUCGCCUCGUCACCCAACAGCGGAAGGAGCCGCACGGCUCCCGUUGUGCCCUCCCGUCUCCAGUAGGUGAGGCGGCGUGACAUGAACGGAGACCUGCAGAAAAAAGGGGAAGGCGUGCAGACAUCCGGGGCAUCCACGAUGGCCUCCACAGAUAUUUGGACGCAGGAUGACCUGACGACGCUUCUUGACCGCAUGCAUGCCUUGGUUCCCGAGAGCGACACAUUGAAAUUCAAGACCACCGAACUUCACUUUGACUGGGAGAAAGUCAAGUUCGGACCCUACUCGGGCGAAGUAUGUCGUGAAAAAUGGCUAAAGCUGACCACCGAGAUCCGCAAAUAUCGCACGAUGACGGAGUUGCUGAUCGACGCAAGAGAGUUCGUGAAGAAUCCCUACAAGGGAAAGAAGCUUAAGACACACCCCGACUUCCCUAAGAAGCCGCUCACGCCCUAUUUCCGCUUCUUCGUGGAGAAACGCUCCAAAUAUGCAAAGCUGUACCCAGAUCUCAGCAACCUGGACCUCACGCGCUGCAUGUCCAAGAUUUACAAGGAGCUGCCCGAGAAGAAAAAGCAGAUGAAGUACAUAGAAGAGUACCAAAGGGAGCUGGAAAACUUUGAGAAAGCCAUGGCCAAAUUCCGGGAGGAGCAUCCAGAGCUGGUGGACACCGGAAAGAAGAAGUCUGAUCACCCUGAGAAACCCAAGACGCCACACCAGCUGUGGUACAACCACGAGAAGAAGAUCUUCAUGAAGCAGAACACGGAGAUGAACCAGCGGGAUGUGAAGGAGGCUCUGCGCAAGCAAUGGUCUCUCCUGCCCGAUAAGAAGCGUCUCAAGUGGAUCCACAAAGCCCUGGAGCUGCAGAAGGAGUAUGAGGGUGCGGUGCGCAACUACAUGGAGAGCCACCCCGAGUAUGUGCACGACGAUAACAUCAAGUCGGUGCUCUCCAAGGCAGAGAGACAACUCAAGGACAAGCACGACGGGAGGCCCAGCAAGCCCCCUCCGAAUGGCUAUGCGUUAUUCUGUGCCGAGCUGAUGGUGGGGCUGAAGGACAUCCCUUGCACGGAGCGCAUGAUCGAGUGCAGUCGGCAGUGGCGGUCGCUACCACACAAGGAGAAAGACUCCUUCCAGAAGCGUUGUGAGCUGAAAAAACGGCAGUUUGAAGUUGAAUUUCAGAGGUUUCUUGAGAGCCUACCCGAGGAAGAGCGGGAGAGGGUGGUGAAUGAAGACAAGGGCAAGGAGGGAAAGUUGGCGACUUCCACUGCCAGCCGAUCACUGGUGCCAAAGGAGGAGGAUGGGAGGGACAAGAAGGAAGCCUGGAAGCGGGGAAAGACGCCCGAGACGCCCAAAACGGCGGAGGAGAUCUUCCAGCAAACGAAGCUUGUGGAGUGCCUGGUGAAAUACAAGAAUGACAAAAAGAAAGCCCUGAAGGCGCUGGACGCAGAGUGGAAAGGUCUGGACAAGAAGCAAAAAAUAUUUUGGAUCAAGGCAGCGGCUGAGGACCAGAAGCGAUAUGAGAGAGAACUAACUACCCUGAGGACAACGGCCGCUCCCCCACAUAACAAGAAGGUGAAGUUUGAGGGGGAGCCCAAAAAGCCACCGGUGAGCGGUUAUCAGAUGUUCUCGCAGCAGUUGUUGUCGAACGGUGAGCUGGCGCGCAUCGACCUUAAGGACCGUAUGGUGGAGAUCGGCCGGCGCUGGCAGAAAAUGUCACUCGCGCAGAAGGAGAAGUACAAGCAGAUGACGGAGGAGGCACAACGCAAAUACCAGGUGGCGCUUGACGCCUGGAUCAAGACGCUAUCAUCUUCUGAACGGGCAGCAUACAAAGAGUCCAUAGCCAAUAAGCGUAAAGGCGGCACCAAGUCGAGCGCACCACCAGCCAAGAUGCGCAUCACCAUGCCCAAGGCAGACACUUCGGACUCGAGCGAUGGUGAGGAUGAUGACUCGGAUGAGGAGGAGGGUGAUGGGACAUCGGGCUCGGACAGCGAUGACAGUGAUGAAGAUGGCGAGGAGGCAGAAGAAGAGGGAGAGGAAAACCAGAGCAGUGGCAGUGAUUCUUCGACAGAUGAUUCUGAUGACUCGGACUCUGAGUAACCUCUGCCCAGCUCAUCAGUACCAACCGUCCCUUCCAAACUUAAUACUUUUUUUUUGUAUCCAACUACCCUUGCCGUCUUACAUGCAAAAAAAAACUUGCAUUGACACACACGCACGCACCCUAUUGCUGGUUGAAUUUUCCGGUAGGGUAUACAUGUACAAAUUGAGAACAUUUAGGGCAUUAUGGGCAGCCAUUUUACCUUUAAGCUUCAUUACCAUCUUUGGUAUGUCGUGUUAGGCAGUUUUGGGAAGGGAAAUAGUAAACAACACUAACUGUGCUGAUUUCAUUUGGAGGUUAUAAUUAUUUUUACAUUAAGCAUGGAGCUUUAUGAUGUUAAUGACAACCCAAGGGCUGCCAAUUUUAGCAAAAUUUGACAAUUUCUGGUUUAAACCAAACAAGUUAUUUUUUUUUUACACAUGCGACCUGUUUCUUUUGUCAUCACUUAGUACAUAUUGUGUAAUUUGUGAACAAUUGUACAUUCUUUUGCUAAUGGGGAUUUUACAUCAAUCGGGAUCUAACUUGGCGGUGACAUGGCCCAGCGAUAGCACGUUUGCUGUGUGCUUCAGUUGUUCGUGAUUUGAGUCCAGCAGGCUGCCCUGGUUUAUACAAUGUAUGUGUUUAACCGUAAAAUGCUUUGCACCGUCUGCUUCACAGAGAACCUGAAGGAUCCCCUGAUGUUAUUUGUUGCCCAGAAUUUGCGAAAUUCUAAAAUAGCCGACAAAUUACUCAGUUGGGAUGACACAUGGAAGUCAUAACCCCCGACUGGCAAACUAAAUAAUGCCUGCUCGCAGGUUGGUUGAGUCAUCCCCUCCUGCUGCACAGGGAAAGCUGCCAUUGCAGUUUCUUUUCAAAAGUUAGAAAUGUGAUGCAAGUCACUUAAUGUGUAAAUUGAUCUGAGGGCACUUUAUUAAAACAAACAGCAUAGAUUUAAAAAGUGUGUGGAAUAUUUUUAGUGGCUAUCUUGGAUUGUUUGCAACCAUGUUGGAUGUUGUCUGUGGUCCAAAGUGUAUACCAUUGAAGCAUGUAUCCAUCCUUUGUAGACGUCUGAUACUUAAAACUUAUAGGUACUGAAAUUAUAAUAAGAAAGCCAUGUUCACUCUUCAUGUGUAUUAUUGGGACUUCAUUGGAAUUUUGGUAUCCUACAUUUAUAUAAAAAAUUAUGUGGAUGACAAUCCAUGACAGCCACACAAUGAAUUACCUUAAUCUUACAUCCAUCACUAAGCUAUGUCAAGAAUGUCCAUCUGUGGGUACAAGCAAUUGGUAAUUUGGCAUCCGUAUUUUAAGCUGUUGAUAUUACAAUUCCUGCUUUAUAUAAGCAGAGGUUGAAUGCCUAAAUCUUCAGUAAUCUUGUCUCAUACAGAUAGAUGCCAACACAUCAAAACGUAUGGUGAAUACAUGGCAAAAUCCAAGAAUGGCUGCAUAUGAUUAAACGAUGGAUAACAAACAAACAAAAUUGUAUUUACUGUAAAUCAUUGUUCUAAAAAUCUACAUUGGCACAAAUGUACCAAAGAUUUUCACAUCAUCAAUCUUGCAUUAUGUUGCCCUUAAUCAAUGAGAACUUUUUUGUUGUAACAGUUAAGUCAUGUGUCCUGAUUUCAUACAAAAGAGUCGGUUCAAUUGGAGAAUCUUGGCUAAACUACAAACUAUGAUAUUGAUAAUGUUGAUUGGGGCGAGGGGUUGGGUGGGGGGGGAAAGGAAAAACAUCCAACAGUGGCUGCACCUUUUGUCAUGUUUUCAUUCCAUGUACUUAAAUACGUUGGAUGAAAGCCACUUUGUUUUGCCUGAAACACAUUCAUCUUCAGGAUCACAAACAACCUAAGUGUUCUAUAAUGGUGGUAAAUAGGUCUCUAGGAUUUUUUUUGCUUUAAGUGUCGUAAACAGUGUUCCCUGUCAUGUAGGGAUUUUUAUAUAACUAUAAACUUUGAUCUGAGCUGCAGCCUGUUAUGUAUGUUUCCCUACAUACAAUCCUGCGCCCGCAUUGAAGGGACAAUUCAUUCACACGUUAACUUGUAUUAGCAACCUUGUACAGAUUGUUUUGUUUACAUUUGGAGAAAUGUGAUAAAUUGGUUUUUUUCCUAA